GACGCAACGGAACCCCGAGAAACUCACUCCUUUACUGAUCAUAAAGGCACCAAGAUUUCUCCUGCACUUGCUCUCAAUUUCUCAUCACACUGGUGGUUUCAAAAUUUGAACUAUGCAGGAAGCAAAGAAAGUCCCAGAUGUGAUGCUGAAUUCUGGGCACAAGAUGCCGGUGAUAGGGUUGGGAACGGCGACUGCUCCUCUUCCGCCGCCCGACGAACUCACCGCCGUCUUCCUCGACGCCAUUCGUAUUGGCUACCGGCAUUUCGAUACCGCUGCUAUCUAUGGAACCGAACAGCCUCUUGGCAAAGCCGUGGCCGUAGCUAUAGAACAAGGUCUCGUCAAGAGUCGCGACGAAUUGUUCAUCACUUCCAAGCUCUGGAACACCGACGCUCAUCCCGAUCUUGUUCUUCCAGCUCUCAAAACAUCCCUCCGAAAUCUGGGGCUGGAAUAUGUGGAUCUGUAUCUGAUUCACUGGCCAGUGAGGUUGAGACCAGGGGUUGAAGGUUUCAAUUUCACUGCGGAGGACGUGCUUCCGUUUGACAUAGAAGGAACAUGGAAGGCCAUGGAAGAAUGCCACAAAUUGGGCUUAGUCAAGUCUAUUGGGGUCAGCAACUUUGGCACCAAAAAGCUUACCCAGCUCUUAGAUAAUUCUGCAAUCCCUCCUGCAGUUAAUCAGGUGGAAAUGAACACAUCAUGGCGUCAGGGAAAAAUAAGACAGUUUUGCAAGCAGAAAGGGAUCCAUGUGAGUGCAUGGUCACCUCUAGCAGCAUACGGAUUACGUUGGGGCUCCAAUGCUGUGAUGGAGAAUCCAGUCCUUAAGGAAAUUGCUGAGGCUAGAAACAAGAGUAUAGCUCAGAUAGCAGUGAGAUGGAUAUACGAGCAAGGGGCUAGCGUUAUAGUGAAAAGCUUUAAUAAGGAGAGGAUGAAACAAAACCUAGAAAUAUUUGAUUGGGAGCUAAGCAAAGAGGAAUCAGACAAGAUCAACCAGAUUCCACAACGCAGGAUGUACGCGGGAGAAAUGUUCCUAUCUGAAAAUGGGCCUUACAAGUCCUUAGAAGAACUCUGGGACGGUGAUAUCUGAAUCAAACCUCAUUCAUAUGCAGCUUGAGGAGAAUAAUAGUUAAUAAAGUCCUUAGAAGAACUCUGGGACGGUGAUAUCUGAAUCAAACCUCAUUCAUAUGCAGCUUAAGGAGAAUAAUAGUUAAUUAACUAUGAUUCUCCUUAAGAGAAAACUGUAAAUGAGUAUACUUCGAGAUGUGGACAUCAUAUAUAGCUAUAUUCUCUUGUACUUUCUUUCCAAAUAAAUAAGGGAAACUUCAGCAAA